AUGGACAGAUUCCUAGACCAGAAUCGGCCCGGAAAUGGGUCACACUUGCAGAAGAUCGCUGAGUUUUUGAUGCCAUUCCGAAACGAUGUGGUGGUUGGACUCCUCAUUGGCACAAAUUGUGCACGAGCGAUCAAACCACGUGAAAUCAUACCUGGUAAUGAUGAUGACCCUUACGCGAAAAGGACUGCGCUUGGCUGGGGAAUCGUUGGCAUUGUCAAAGCGAAGGUAAACGAGGAAUCCGACGAGAAUUACGUUGUUGUGAAUCGAGUCAUCACACACGAAGCCAAUGUUGGUCCAGACAGAAGGAUUUGUCAUUUGGCCUUGAGAGCAGAGCUCAAGGAGAUUAUGAACCCAAGUAUGUUUAAUCAAAUGUUCGAGUUAGAUUUCAGUGAAUGA